UAAUCGAAUAUUCGAACGUCGAUUGAUACUAGAGUCUAAAAUUAAAUAUAUUUUUUAUUUAUGUUAUUUGGUGUUGACAUUUGAAAAUAAUGUGUCAGUACUACGCAUUUUGAAAACGGCAUCCAUUCGAAAAUCAAAUGCGCCUGUUGUAUAAUUCGUAAAUCCUUCAUGAAAACCGUGCGGAAAGCGUACCAAAGGUAGUAUCUUAUUGAUUUUUUGUCGCCUCGCGAGGUGGCCAUUGAAACAGCAAAAUAAACAAACUGCACAUCCAUGAUAAGAGUUAUAAAUUUCAAACAAUAUACCAACACCAAUAAUUUAAUUUAAUUUGAAUAAUUUGAAUGCACCUUGUAGAUACUCUAGUAGAUUUUUGUAAAUCAAUUUAACAUUAUCGUAAGAUUGCACAUCUUAACAACCGCAGUCGAAAUGAAGAAAAUGUUGAAAUUGGUGAAAGGGGGAAAAAAAGAGGAUAAAAGUGGCUCUGGCACACCAUCAGGUGAUGAACUAGAAGACGACCAGGAAAAUGCUAUUUUCUGCUAUAAAAUUGAUUCCGAAACCGAGGAAAAAAUGAGCCGAUUACACAGGGCUUCGUGGCAUGGCAGCCUAGAGAAAGUUAAGACUUUACUACAAAAAAAACCAAUGGAUGUGAACACUGUGGACAGCUUUGACAGAACGCCAUUGCACUUGGCAAUGGCCAAAGGUUACUAUAACAUUGCUUGGGUGCUGUUGAAUCACAACGCUAGCUUAGAUUAUGUUGAUUGUGAUGGGUAUACACCGUUCUUGAAGGCUGUAGAAUGCGGCCAAAAAGAAUGUGUUCAUUUAAUGUUGGAGAGAGGGGCAGAUGUAACAUGCACAGACAAAAAUAAAAAUACUGCUUUACACUUAGCUGCAAAACAGGGCUCAUUCACUAUAAUAUCUAUGCUACUUAAAAAAGGAAUUAAUAUAAAUGCACAAAAUGCUGCAGGUGAAUCCGUUCUACAUGUUGCUUGUGCUGCAGAAAAUCGUGAUCUAAUAGAAUUUAUAUUAGAUAAUGGAUCAUUAAUAAACAUAGCAGAUAACCAAGGACGUACACCAUUAAUGGUGGUAGCAAAACUUGGAAAUAUGUCUAUUGUAGACUUAUUAUUGGACCGAGGAAGUCAACUUGAUGCUUGUGAUAUAAAUGGUUUAUCUGUGAAAGAUUAUGCGAUUAAAGAAGGUCAUUCAAAAGUAGUGAACCAACUAUCUAUGCAAAAAAUGAGUAUAAUGGCUAGAACUAGAUCUAAAGAAAAUGUGUUAGAUGAUUUAGAUCAGAAUGAUGGUGCUCAAUUACAAGAAAAUAAUGAUAAUUCAAAUAAUCAAAAAAUCGUUGAUGCUCAAAUUAUAGUACUUAAAAAUGAUAAAAUAUCUAAAUCAAAUGUUGAAGAUAACCAAAAUGAAAAAGAAUUUAUAGCUUUUAGUUCUACAGCUGAGAAUGACGAUUUAAAGGUUAAUACAAUUGAUGUUGAAGAGGUAGAUAAUAAAAAGGAAAAUCUGAUUCUAAACUGUGAAGUUAAUCAUCCUGAUGAAUUAAAAACAAUUAAAUUAAAUAUUGAAAAUAAUCAGAAGGAAAAGGAAAAUGUAACUUUGAACUCUACUCUUAAAAAUGAAAAUGAAAUAAAUAAUAUUUCAAUAGAAACAGAUAAAGAAGUAAUUGAGAAAAAUAAAUUAACCGUUGAAAUCAAAAAUACAUCUACAGUAAAUGUUUUACCAACGAAAGAUGAAGAAUCAGUAUCCCAAUGCACAAUGCCUCCACCAUUAGAUCCACCUAGAAGCUGGGAUUUUAUACAGACAAGCAUAAUACACACCACGGACAUCAAUGAAAAAGCUGAAAAAGAAACACAAGAAAAUAUUGAGCAAAUCCCUGAUCCAAUUGUUUGUGCAGUAAAUACAGAUGAUUCAGAAUUGGAAUGGGGUAGUGAUGAAAGUCUUCCGACUGAUCCUAAUCAAUUGUGUCCUACUGUGGAUGAUAAAAAAGAAGAAAAUAAAAAAAUGAAUACAUUUUAUAAUUUUAUAACUACAAAAUUAAUGAACAAGACAAAAAAUAGAGUUUCUGCAUCUGCAGAAAAUAUCAUUGAUGAUACUACUACUAAAAAACAUGUGAGAAAUAAGUCUUUUACUUCACUGAGGACUUUUAAACUCACUGUUCCAUCAGAUGUAAACAAAGCUUUAUAUCAACUUAGUCCAGAGAUGAACUUUGCACAUUCUUCAUUCAGUAAAAGCAAAUCAUUUAAUGAGAAUAUUCCCACUGAAAAUGUUGAUAAAAAUUCUUUAGAAUUUGAACGUUCUAAGUCAUUAUGUUUGGAAUUAAAACAUAAUUAUGAUAUAACCGAGAAUCAGCAAAGAGAUUCAGAUAGCCAAAGUGAUGAUAGUCUCCGUUCAAAAAGAAGCCUUUUGUUAUCUAUGCGAAUGCCUAAAGUUCAUGAUGAACAUCAUGAUGACUAUCAUUUAGAAGUCAAGGAUAGUGAAACGUCUGAAGACGAAGGCCCACAUUACUGGUACAGUCCAAAUAAAAAAAAUGAUAAAAUAGUGCAACAAGAUACUGUUAUUAAGAACUACAGUGAAUCUGAUAGCGAAUCUGAAGAAAUUGGUUUACCAAAAUCUAAGUCUACUCUUGAAGGAAUUUCUAAAGAACAUAACACAUCAGAUAAUUCUGACACAGAGACAGAGAAUACAAUAUCGUUUUCAACUAGCCAUGAAGAUAUUUAUGGAACACAUAAACGCACUAGAUAUGCUUUAAAAAGAACUGAAUCUCUUAAAGCUUACCUAAAGAGAGUAACUAUUGAUAAAGAUAGAUUACAACAAGAAUCAUCUGGUUAUAGAGAAAUAACAGAGCUAUUAAAAUAUAAGUUGGGAAAUCUUAAACAAGAUAUUUCAAGUAAAAAUGAAACAACUAAGAGACUCAAAGAACAAUUAGAUCAGUUAGAUGCUAAAUACACAGAAGCUUUAAACAGGAUUCAAACACUUGAACUAUCUUCAACAAAUUUAGAUAAAGAAAACCAAUAUCUCAAGAAAAUAAAUAAAGAACUCACCGAUAAAUUUAACAAUGAAUGCAAUAACAGUGCACACAAAUCAGUAGAAAUAAUAACUCAACUUGAGUCCGGCAAUUUUAUUGAUCAAACAGAUGAUAUGUGUACAAUGGAUAGCAAAACCAUUAUAAAACAGCUACAAGAACAAUUAAAACUGGAACGGGAAAGACGAAUAGAACUUGACGAACGUAUUAAACUUUUAUCUGUAGAAGUUAAUGCACACCAGUCAUGUAGUUCAACUGUGGAAUUAUUGAAAGAAUUACAAUGUAAAAUUGCCAAAGAUUAUAUACCCAAAAAAGAAGUAUUAAAAUUAAAAACAGAACAAGAAAGAAAAAUCAGUAAAGUGAAAAUGGAAGCUGAAAAAAAAUUAGCGGACAAAUUUUGUGACCUUGAUAAAUUAUUAUCUCAACAAAUGGAUCAACAAGGAAAAUUAGAAAUGCAAAGGGAAAAAAUUGAAAGCCAACUUAAACAGGAAUUUGAAAAUACAAGACAAAGAUUUCAACUAGAAAUUGCAAAACUUCAAACAACACUAAAGACCAAAGAAAUGGAGGAACAAAUAUUAAGGGAACGGUGUGAGAUUCUUUCACAAGAAAUCGAAAAAACACAAGAUAAUAAAUGGAAAACAUUGGUGGACAAAACUUAUGGAAUAAAUGAUAUGCAAAAAAGUUCACCCAAUAUGUUAUCAAUGCAUUGUAAAACUCCAGAGCCAAGUCCCACUUUUGAAAGACAAGAACUAAGAGACAUUUCUAGAUAUCAAUAUAAUGUUGAAACUCUCCGAAAUGAACUGGAUAAAGUCAUUACACAAAACAAAAAUGCCGCUUUAGAAGAUGAUACACUGGUUGAUGAAUAAAAAUAAGCAAUAUAGCUAUACUAAACAAGUAAUGAUAUUAAAAUUGAAAUUACAUUUAUCGUACUUAUAUUAUGA